AUGUGGUACCUUCGUUCUGGGGCAUCGUGUUCGUCGGCGAGACAGACAAUCAGGGCGUAUAAAAAUGCCAUCUACUCCAAAGCGCAGCGACCCGUGACGCAUGUUGGCCAGGUGCGAACUUUUUUGAACCUCGGCAACAUUCUUCCUACAAGCCGGGAGCCGUCUUCUCCAAAAAAGGUCAGAGAGCAAGUUGUGUUACCAUACACGCCCAAGGAGCUGUACAGCAUUGUAUCAGACGUCGAUUCGUAUCAUCACUUUCUGCCCUAUUGCCUUGGAUCUCGCGUCAUAGGUCCCUCGGACAGUCCACGUGCCAAGGAAAAUCGACAAAACGCGAGCAGCAUUGUGGAUGCCGAACUCACUAUCGGGUUUUCUGCAUUUCGCGAAAGCUAUGUAAGCGAAGUAUCUAUGCGCCCGAAUGAAUGGGUACUCGCCCAUGCCAAGCCCUCUCCUCUCUUUCAAGAGCUACAUACGGCUUGGCACUUUCGGCCAUUGCCUGCAGGUGCCAGCAUACCACGUACAGAGGUGACCUUCACUCUUGCCUUCGCUUUCUCCAGCCCGUUUUAUGCGGCCGUCGCGGGCCAAGUGUUUGAAAAGCUGUCUUCUAGCAUGUUGGAAGCGUUCCAGCAACGCGCCCGGAGCGUGUACGGCCUACGACGCUCCUAG